AUGGCGCCCGCUCGCAAUAGCAAUGUCCAACUGUUAGCAGUACUUGUCGAUUGGAAUGACGAGGAAGAGGGCGAGUACCGCUUCCUGGUCGGCGGUAAGGACACAAGAUAUGUUACCGUCGAGCCUGGUGGCCAUGUCUCCAAAGACCCUCUGAGCGGGCACCCAGUCUUCUCCUACUAUACUCAAAGCGACUUGCCUGCAAUUUCAAAUACCUGGCACCACAUGCGUAUCGAUCAUCUAAAGUUCAAGCAGGUCCAACAACUGCAGAACAUUCACGUGGUUACGCAUCCGCGUUUUGAUCAAACCCUGGUUGUCAAGUUUGCCGAGUUUCCUUGGCAAAUGCCCUCCUUCGAGGCCGAAACAACAGCGUAUGAAUGGCUUGAUAGUCAUGGAAUCGGUCCCAAAUUCAUCGCUCAUUUGACCGAGGCCGAGAGGGUCUUUGGCUUCGUCACGGAGUACGUUGACGGCGCAAGAUUCGCAGACAUUGGAGAUCUGGCGGCCUGCCAAGAAAUCCUCUCUCGGCUACACUCUCUAGGUAUCAAGCAUGGCGACAUUAACAAGUAUAAUUUUCUUAUCUGA